AUGGAGAUAGUUAAACUCGUUGUAAUAGUUGUUCUGCUUCUGACAAACGCGUUCUGUCAAGAGAUGGAUGCUGACAGCUGGAGAGGAAGCAUCGGAGAGAACAAAUGGCCAGACUCUGAAAUCAUUCAGGAUGUGUUAUUAAGAAUGACCAGAAAACCAGGACCACGCAGAUAUCUGGUGCUCAAGGGGAAGAAACUCUCUGCAAAGACGCAGACGGCACGAAAACGUCAUAAAUUUCAAACCUUUGUGGGUCUGAUGGGUAAAAGAAGCUUUGAUGAUGAAGGAGCGCUGUGA